CUCUGCCAUCUCUCGGGCUGCUGCAAGUGGACAGACCACCUCACAUAAUGCCAUCUUUUGAUGAGGUUUUGAAGGAGGCUGGGGAAUUUGGAAGAUUUCAAAAGAGAGUAUUUUUCCUCCUUAGCCAGACAGGCAUAACUUUUUCUUCCCUGUUUGCCAGCGUAGUUUUCCUUGGGCCAGCACCAGACAGCUUCUGGUGCAGGAUCCCUGGGGCAGCUGAAUUGAGUGAACGAUGUGGCUGGACACUGGAAGAGGAACGAAACUUCACGGUACUUCCCCUGCACCUGGGGAACGAGUCCGUCACUGGGGAGUGCGAGAGGCUGGAUGUCACUUGGGACACCUCUGUCAGCUGCACCAGCCCGCUCGCCCGCCAUGGCAAUCACAGCACAGGCAGCCUGCCACUCGCCCCUUGCCACGAUGACUGGGUCUACGAAGAGCCCCGCUCAUCCAUUGUCAGCAAGUAUGAUCUUGUGUGUGGCAAUGCCUGGAUGCUGGAUCUCUCACAGUCUAUCCUCAAUCUGGGGUUCCUGGCUGGUGCAUUCAUUUUGGGCUAUGCUGCUGACAGAUACGGCAGAAUCCUCACCUACCUGCUCUCCUGCCUGGGGGUUGGAAUAUGUGGUAUCAUAGUGGCAUUUUCACCAAAUUUUACUGUAUUUUUGAUCUUCCGGUUUCUCCAAGGCAUGUUUGGCAAGGGAAGCUGGAUGACAUGCUACGUGAUUGUGACGGAGAUCGUUGGUUCCGAUCAGCGGAUGGUUGGAAUUGUGAUUCAGAUAUUCUUUACCCUGGGAAUUAUAAUUCUCCCUGGAAUUGCAUACUUGAUUCCCACCUGGCAGGGGAUCCAGCUGGCCAUUUCACUGCCCAACUUCCUCUUCCUGCUCUACUAUUGGGUGGUUCCUGAAUCUCCACGUUGGCUCCUGACACGCAAAAAGGGAGAGAAGGCAUUGAAAAUCAUGCACAACAUUGCAAAACACAAUGGGAAAUUUCUCUCACCCCAUUACUCAGAGAUCACUGUUAGCAAUGAGGAGGUCACCAACCCCUCCUUUCUGGACCUGGUGAGGACUCCCCAGAUGAGAAGGAACACACUCAUCCUGAUGUAUGCCUGGUUCACAAGUGCCCUUAUCUACCAAGGGCUUGUCAUGCGCCUGGGAAUUAUUGGAGGAAACAUCUACCUAGACUUUUUCAUCUCAGGAGCUGUGGAGCUGCCCUCUGCUUUCCUAAUUAUAGUGACAAUUGAUCGCAUUGGCCGGCGCCUGCCCUUCGCCGUGGGCAACAUCGUGGCGAGCAUCUCAUGUCUCAUCACUGCCUUCCUGCCAGAAGAUAUCCCAUGGCUCAAAACAACAGCUGCCAUGCUGGGAAGACUGAGCAUCACAGUAGCUUUUGAAGUUGUCUAUCUAGUGAACAGUGAAUUAUACCCUACAACACUGAGAAACUUUGGUGUUUCCCUGUGUUCAAGUCUGUGUGAUCUUGGUGGGAUCAUAGCCCCAUUCCUGCUUUUCCGACUAGCAGCCAUUUGGUUGGAGCUACCUCUAGUUAUUUUCAGUAUUCUUGCAGCUGUCUGUGGCGUCCUAGUAUUGCUUUUACCAGAGACAAAGGGAAUCUCAUUACCAGAGACAGUGGAGGAUGUGGAGCAGCUUCUAAGAGACACAAAAUUGUCCUAUGCAUCUCUGGAAGCAGAAAGCAGCAACAUUGCACAAGAGAGGUGCUGCAUAUCCUGCAACUCUCUGCUUGAGAAAACCAGCCAUUACCUCAGUCAAAGCAUCCUGUGAAGAAGGGCCCCUUAUCAUGGAUGCAAUCCCACAAUUUGUGAAGUCAUGUAAAAAUCACAUAUGAGAUGGAUUUAAAGCUGAAGAGUUGUAGGCACAGCUUUCCCACUCCAGGCACACAGCCAGCCAGACUGCCUUGCAGAUAUGCAGGGAAUAUUUACUCCUUGGCUAAAUAAUUUGAAGUCCUAGUGCCAUAAAUUAUUUCCAAGGAGAGGCUUUGAAUAUUGCAUUAACUUUUACCUGAUUCAAUGUACAAACUAAAGAAGCAGGAAAUUUUCAAUGCAAAAAAAAAAAAAAAAAAGAAUGUUUCAUUACAGCAGCUUGGACUACAACUUGAACGACAUAUUUUCCUGUUUUUUCACACUUAUACUCCUCUCCCCUUCUGUUUCAACAGUCAUUUUGGAAAAUGUGGCAAGAAACGGAAACACCGGGACACCAAUUCUUAUAUUUGACUUUUGAAGGACAGCACUGAGCUAAGAACUUUGUUCCCAUACUGGGAAUUUGUUCUCCACCUGCUACAACUUCAAAAUUUGCUGCAGAAUAUGGAUUAAACUUCAUGUUUUCCUUCUAAGCACAAGGACAUUUAACACAAGUAGUGUAUUUUUCUAUGAAUAUUGAAUAAAUACU